AGGCCAGGCAUCAGGCUUUAAAAGGACCUGCACCUGAUCUGAGCAGACACUGAGGCUCAGACGAGAAUCACCAUGAAGGCUUUCAUUCUUCUGGCUCUGUUUGCAGUGGCUUUUGCUGCUCCCAUUGAUGAUGAGGACGACAAGAUUGUCGGAGGAUACGAGUGCAGAAGGAACUCUGUACCCUACCAGGUUUCUCUGAACGCCGGCUACCACUUCUGCGGAGGUUCCCUCAUCUCCAGCACCUGGGUGGUGUCUGCUGCUCACUGCUACAAGUCUCGCGUCCAGGUGCGUCUCGGUGAGCACAACAUUGCCGUCAACGAGGGCACGGAGCAGUUCAUCAGCUCUGUCAAGGUCAUCAGACAUCCCAGAUACAGCAGCCGCAACUUGGACAAUGACAUCAUGCUCAUCAAGCUGAGCAAGCCCGUCACCCUGAACAGCUACGUGCGCACCGUGUCCCUGCCCUCCAGCUGUGCCGGCUCAGGCACCCGCUGUCUGGUCUCUGGAUGGGGCAACAUGAGCGGCUCUGGAAACAACUACCCUGAUCGUCUGAGGUGCUUGGAUGCCCCCAUCCUGAGCGACAGCAGCUGCAGAAACGCCUACCCUGGUCAGAUCACCUCCAACAUGUUCUGCGCUGGCUUCUUGGAGGGAGGCAAAGACUCCUGCCAGGGAGACUCCGGUGGCCCCGUGGUGUGCAACGGCCAGCUUCAGGGUGUCGUGUCCUGGGGUUACGGUUGUGCCGAGAGGAACAAGCCCGGCGUCUACGCCAAAGUCUGCAACUACAACUCCUGGAUUCGCAGCACCAUGUCUUCCAACUAAUGACGUUGCUUCUUCGAACAUUUGUUCCACGAACCAGUUAAAGUACAGCAAACUGUUUCAAGAAAAUAAAAGCUCACACU